UAAAGGAUCCUGGGUAAUACAUCUCCUUUCCCUUCUCGCCAUGCGGGAGGAGGGACGAUCGUGCUUCAGAAAAUCUUCCUGAAUUUGGACCGAAUGUUGUGAAUUCUCGACGUGGGACGCCCCUGAUCACGACUUUAGUGGACUAAAACAUCAUUCGUGCAAUCUUCGUGUCCGGUUGGAGUCGUCUCGUGCACGUUGAAGCUUCGCGGCCUAGCUCAGUUUAGCUGGCUAACGAAGAGACGCGUUUGUGAUCAACACUUCGCGAAGCAGACGUCAAGCGUGAAGUAAAGUGUUUUUCCACCUAAAUAAGCGGAAAGUGUUGUGAUCGUCGUGUGAAAAUGUGUGCAAGAAGGACAGCAGAGUCCGAGGAGGAACUUUGGGGACCAAAAGAGGAGAAGGAGCCACAACGUCAACUACUGGACGCUGUGUUCAAUCUGCAACCUCACACUGUGCACCGCAGAGCAGACCUCGCUGAAGAUCUUCGUACUGAGUGGCAGGAGCCAGAGCCCCCUCGCAUUAAAGAGGAAGUGAAGGAUGAAGAGGUCCACCACAUCAAAGAGGAAGAGGAGCCCAUUUCAAUUAAAAAAGAGGAGAAAGAACUACACCACCACAUCAGACAGGAAAAGGAGGAGGAUAUCACCAAGUUUCCAUUGACUGGAGUCCCUUUGAAAAGUGAAGAUGAAGGUCAAAGUGUGGCGAGCAGAGGGGUAGAGCCUCCAAGCAGCAGCUCAAGUCAACACAUGACAACAGAAGCUGAUGGAGACCACUGUGGAGGAUCACAAGCAGACGGUCCACUAUCAGAUUUUGACGUCAUGACGUCUACUCAUGAUGAUUAUGGACAGUCUGAAAUUGAUAUGACAUUUCAGACUGACAACAAACGAUGGAAAUGUUCUCAGUGCGGGAAAACAUUUGAUAAUAAGAGCACUUUUAAACAACAUGUGAGAACACACACUGGAGAAAAAACAUUUUCCUGCUCAGAUUGUGGCCAAAGAUUCUCCAUAAAGAAAAGCUUAAAAAUACACACAAGAACACACACUGGUGAGAAACCUUUUUCCUGCACAGUUUGUGGUCAAAGAUUUUCUGUGAAGGCAAGCUUAAAAAUACACACAAGAACACAUACUGGUGAGAAACCUUUUUCCUGCACAGUUUGUGGUCAAAGAUUUUCUGUGAAGGGAUAUUUAAAAAUACACAGCAGAACCCACACUGGUGAGAAACCUUUUUCCUGCACAGUUUGUGGCCGAAGAUUCACUCAUAAGGAAACCUUGAAAAGACACACAAGAACGCACACUGAUGAGAAACCUUUUUCCUGCACAUUUUGUGGUCAAAGAUUUUAUGUGAAGGGAGAUUUAAAUAGACACACAAGAACCCACACAGGUGAGAACUCUUUUGUCUGCUUAGACUGUGGCCGAAGAUUCACUCAUAAGGGAAACUUGAAAAUACACGUGAGAACCCACACUGGUGAGAAACCUUUUGUCUGCUUAGUUUGUGGUCAAAGAUUCACUCAGAAGGGAAGCGUAAAAAUACACACCAGAACCCACACUGGUGAGAAACCUUUUUCCUGCACAGUUUGUGGCCGAAGAUUCACUCAUAAGGGAACCUUGAAAAGACACACAAUAAUGCACACUGAUGAGAAACCUUUUUCCUGCACAUUUUGUGGUCAAAUAUUUUCUGUGAAGGGAGAUUUAAAUAGACACACAAGAACCCACACUGGUAAGAACUCUGUCUGCUUAGACUGUGGCCGAAGAUUCACUCAUAAGGGAAACUUGAAAAUACACAUGAGAACCCACACUGGUGAGAAACCUUUUACCUGCUCUGUUUGUGACAAAAGAUUCUCCGAGAAGGGAAGCUUGAAAAAACACACAAUAACCCACACUGGUGAGAAACCCUUUUCCUGCUCAGUUUGUUGUCAAAGAUUCACUCUGAAGGGAGCAUUGAAAAUGCACACCAGGACCCACACUGGUGAGAAACCUUUUUCAUGCACAGUUUGUGGUCAAAGAUUUUCUGUGAAGAGAGAUUUAAAAAUACACACAAGAACUCACACUGGUGAGAAACCUUUUUCCUGCUCACUUUGUGGUCAAAGAUUCACUCAGAAGGGAUCAUUGAAAAGACACGCAAGAAUGCACACUGGUGAGAAACAUUUAUCCUGCUCAGAUUGUGGCCAAAGAUUCUCUCAGAAGCAACACUUAAACAGACACACAAGAAUGCACACUGGUGAGAAACCUUUUUCCUGCUCAGAUUGUGGUCAAGGAUUCUCUCAGAAGCAACACUUAAAAAGACACACAAGAACGCACACUGGUGAGAAACCUUUUUCCUGCACAUUUUGUGGUCAAAGAUUUUCUGUGAAGGGAGAUUUAAAUAGACACACAAGAACCCACACUGGUGAGAACAUUUUUGUCUGCUUAGACUGUGGCCGAAGAUUCUUUGUGAAGGAACACUUAAAAAUGCACACAAGAACCCACACUGGUGAGAAACCCUUUUCCUGCUCAGAUUGUGGCCAAAGAUUCUCUCAGAAGCAACACUUAAAAAGACACACAAGAACGCACACUGGUGAGAAACCUUUUUCCUGCUCAGAUUGUGGCCAAAGAUUCUCUCAGAAGCAACACUUAGAAAGACACACAAGAACGCACACUGAUGAGAAACCUUUUUCCUGCUCAUUUUGUGGUCAAAGAUUCACUCAGAAGCAACACUUAAACAGACACACAAGAACGCACACUGGUGAGAAACCUUUUUCCUGCACAGUUUGUGGUCAAAGAUUUUCUAUGAAGGAAGAUUUAAAAAGACACACAAGAACACACACUGGUGAGCAACCUUUUUCCUGCACAGUUUGUGGUCAAGGAUUUUCUGCGACGGGAGAUUUAAAAAGACACACAAGAACCCACACUGGUGAGAAACCUUUUUCCUGCUCAGUUUGUGGCCAAAGAUUCUCUUAUAAGUAUCAGGUUAAGACACACAAGUGUGCCGGUGAGAAUAGCAGUGAUCAAGAAGGAUUUUAAUGAAAAUGUAAAUGUUUAAUCUAAAAAGUAAUUACUAUAUUACUGACAAAAAUCUACAUUCUUGUAUUCUGUAUACCAGCUUUUAUUGUCAUCUCUCUUCUUGUUGUCCAUAUAUUUUCUAAAAGCCCCGCGAGUGUAAAGAAUUAACAUUGGUGCCAAAAUACUUACUCGUUAAUGGUCUGAACAUGGGCACUUAUUCCAUCGUGCUGGACUCAUAAAUGAUGUCUGCAGUAAAAAAGCCCUCCAAAAUAGAUUCAGUCGUAAUUUUAGAAUAAUUUACUGAUGAAAUAUUAGAUUUUCAGCCAGAUGUUGGCCUGCCCACAUUUUGGACAUGGCAGCCUGUCACAGCCUGACACGUAACAAGCAGGAGCUGAUUACAUUUCCUCGUUGAACUUCUGUUUUCCAUGGUGUAAUUUUUGCCCAUAUUGAAAGUCUGGGACAAUAAUGUUAAUAAGAAGACAAUAAUGAGCGAAGAUAGUGAUCGUAAAAAAUGUUUGCAAAAGCUUGUUGUUUAAAAAAAAUGAAAUGCCUCCUUGAGAAACAAAGACAGCCACGUCAUCCCACGUCAAGUAAUGCUUGCAGAUUUAUUUACUCUUACGUCCGCUCAAUUUUGAGUUGAACAAAUGUACAUGUGUGUAUGUAUGUAUAGAUCAAAUUUAUGUAUUGAUCACAAAGGCGUUUCUGUGGACGGCAUUUUGUGACAGACGUGGACUUUGGCUGGCUGUCGUAACAUCGGAUGACCCAUGACGAGGGUCUCCCGGCCAAAUGCGUUAGGUCGCUUAAUGUCCUGAAACUGCAGCUGAUCUGAUUUUAUCUUAUCUGAUCCAUAAAAUCUAAGAAAUUGGACUGAUUGUUGUAAUAUUUUCAGAGGUUGAAGCUGCUAUGUGUCGAGAUGUCCGCAUAAAUUUGGGUGAUGAUUGUUGACAGUUUUUGGAUAUUAAUCUGCUUGAAUUGGGUUGAUGCAUGAGGCCUGCAAGGAUGUGGCACUUGCCUGCCGUGUUUGUAUGAUUUUAAUGAUGACCAUAAUAAAUUAGCGAUUGUACAGCACAUUAAAUUAGUGAUUGAACAUAAUUUUGGGAUACUAGCUGUUGUUCAUGUGGUGCAAUGAUAUAUGACCGCCAUUAUAGAUAUAAUACCAGCUUGAACAAAGCGGUGUUUGCAAACUCAAGCAAGCUGUAUUUUUGUUCCUUUUUUAAUUUCCUGAAAAGUUGUCAUUUUGAAGGUGACGGGAUUCUACCUGACAGCUACGAUGUUUAAAAUAUGACCAAUUACUGCCAUUUCACAGGAUCGUACAUUGCUUUUUCCCACACCAGCUAUACCAGCACUUUUCAAUCUUCGAUUUUGGUGAUGAGAAAAGGGGGCGUUCGAAAGAGAAUUCGUUAUUUACCAAUUGCUCCAAAAUGUAUUGAUAUUGGAAAUGACUGCCAGUUUAAUUUUCUUGAGCAAAAAAUACAUAAAACAAACUUGUUUCUGAAAUUUGGACAAUUAAGACCCAUACUUCCUUUGAGCAAUGCAUGCAUUUUGUCCAAUGUUUUAGUGAUUGCAAUAUCAAAUCAGUAAAUGAUUGAUUGAAAUAAGACUGGAAAGAAAAUUUGACUUUUGGUGGUAAAGUGUAACAUGUAUUUGUGAUCUUUAAUAAAAUACACUUCUUAAAACAAUGUGUUAUGGCAUGUCACACUGACAACAAACGAUGGAAAUGUUUUCAGUGUGGCAAAACAUGAGACACAUGAGAAGACACACUGGAGAGAAAGCUUUUGCUUGUUCAGUUUGUGUUCAAAGAUUCAAUACUAAGUAUUGGCCUAAUAAAAACAAAGUGUGCUGGUAAA